CGAACCACCGGAUAACACGCAUAAGUCCUAACUUCCAUCACUUUCACCCCUUGUCAACAGACCCUCAAGCCGUCAAUCAUCGCAGCCACCACGUCCCGAAUUAAACCCCACCAUCUUCUUCCCUUGUGGAAGCGACUCCUCCUCCUCCCGCCCUUCUUCCGUAUCACCACCCCCUCAUCUCCCUUUUUCCGAACCUAUCUUUCCCUCAUCGAUGCUCAUCAUCCGUUGUCAAUCAUGACUUCGGUUCCACCUCCGAAUGCAAAAAGCCCGGACCGAUCGCCCGCGCCCCAAUCCCCGACGCAACCAACCGCGAUUCCCGCGGCUGCAGGGACAAAACGAAAGCGGGGUACAGAGACGAAAUUUUACGCCGUGAAGAGCGGAUUUAAGCCUGGAAUAUAUCACUCAUGGAAUGACUGCCUGGCUCAGGUAAAAGGGUUUAAAGGAGCUGUCUUCCAAUCUUUCCUUACGGUUCCAGAAGCAAAAGCAUUCUUGACCGGGACUCAGGCUCCGGUGUCGGAAAGUUCAACAGCUACGAGUACCAAGUUCUACGGCGUACAGCGCGGCAGACAGCCCGGCGUGUAUACCGAUUGGGCAGUUGCGCAGGAUCAGAUUAAAGGAUUCCGUGGUCCGAAAUACCGCAAGUUCUCCACCUGGGCCGAAGCAGAUGAAUUUGUGCGACAGGGUCGAGAGCAAGGGAAUAAUGGAGCGGGUGCGGAGGCGUCGUCGAAGAAAGAAAAACUACGUGGCGCCCCGGGGAUGACGGCAGAGCCGCUAAAGGAUGAAUUCGGGAAUGAAUAUCCGCCGGGCACGGGCCCUUUGCCCCCUGGUGCGGAAGAUGGGUUUGAUCCGAAUAUAUUGCUGGACCCGUCGACUGGGCGUUUAGUAUACAAGACUCCGGAGCAAAAAGCUGCAACAAAAUUGCAGGCUAAACCGGCGCCGCCGCCGAAUAUGUUGAAGAUAUACACGGACGGCAGUUCAUUGGGGAAUGGUAAGGCGGUAUCUAAGGCGGGAGUUGGGGUAUAUUUUGGUCCUGGUGAUGAGAGGAAUGUCUCAGAACCCCUCAAAGGUAAUCGUCAGACCAACCAGCGAGCGGAACUGACGGCCAUAUCCCGUGCGCUGGACAUUGCACCGCGUCACCGUGAUGUUACAAUCUACACUGACAGCAAGUACGCUAUUGACUGCGUGACUGUGUGGUUUGUCCGGUGGCAGCGCAAUAAAUGGAUGACAACGGAUAACAAGCCUGUUGAAAAUAAGGACCUGGUCCAAUCCAUCCGAGCCAAGAUUGAGGAGCGCACACUAUUGAAUGUGAAAACACUGUUUGAAUGGGUGAAGGGUCACAACAAGGAUCCAGGAAAUGAGGCCGCGGAUCGGUUGGCGGUAAGAGGAGCCAAGACUGGUCUGCAGGAAAUCAAUGACGGGGUUGGUGAGAAUGAAGGGGCACAGGACAUGAAGGACUCGAAUAUUCUAGAAGACGAUGGGAAUGAUGAUGCGACAUGAGCCUACGGUUUUCGGUUCAACACAGCUACUUUGGUCGCGGUUCUGAAGUGGCAUGUAAUGCUGUGACACACAAUAUUCAGCUGUUCAUAUUUAUUAAUUUUAUUUUUUGGAGGGCUAGUGUUUUCAGUCUACUAUUUACCGUCUGACAUCUAUUGG